AUGCCAGGCGCGCCGGAAUGCAAGUUGAGCCAGAAGGGAGGAGAGUACGUGGGCACGAAAGACAGGACCAUUUCAGGCUUCGCCUGCGUGCCAUGGCUAGAUCCGGACAGAAGUGAAGGUGACAUGAUGCGUGGCGCCCGUGAAGGGUCAUUCCCAGAUGAAGUCACAAAAAGCCACAAGAUCUGCCGAAACCCUAACGGUAACCCAGGUGGUCCUUGGUGCAACAUCAAAGAUUCCCGAAAGCCGAACCUGAAGUGGGAGUACUGCGAUGUCUCUUUCUGCGAUUUUGACGAUUCGGGAGGCGGAAGCAAGUCGGGAGGCCAAUAUGAAUCAAAAACCCUUAGGUUGUCCAAUCGACUUGGGGUCGGCAAUGGGACUGUAGCUCUCUGCCUCGCCCGGUGUUCAAUUCUUCUCAUGGACGAAAGGGACGGCAAUUGCCCACUUACUGAAUCUGACAAUCUAGAAAUUGAUUUGGCGAUGAUGUUAUGA